AUCUCAAAUUUGCAGCUUGUGGUUACCCGCCAUCGUCCGUUGUGCCGACAUGGAGUGGUUCGGUUGGCUCAAGCGGGUGAAACCUGUGGGCAAGAAAUUUCUCCGAAUAUGUGCAAAUCCGGAGAACGAGUUGGUGGAGUUGGUAAAGAAAGGGAGAAGCGCGUCGUACACAAAGUGCGAGCUCGAUUGCACAAGUCUGUUGAAGGUGUUGCACAUUUUUACUGCCUUGAUGGCGGCUGGGAAAAGAAACGCAGCAGCAGAAUUGUGCAGAACAAUUGCAGAUAAAUGUUUCAAUCAAAAUGCAGAAAAUCCAUACCGCCUGUUAUUUCUAUCGUUUGCCAUGAUGGCAGAAUGCGAGGAGAAAUUCUACGAUAUGAACAUUUCUCCACAAAAUAAAGAAGAUAUUUCACUUAAACUACGCUAUUCAUUAUGCCAGCAAGCUUUUUCUGGAAUAAUGGAAAUGGAACCAACGAUCUUCAAAAUUUCGGAACUGCUCACAUUGUCUGAAGAGUUUGCACAUUUUUCAUGCUUUCGGCAAUGUCAUGUAAAUUUGUUGAAGAAUCUUUCUGAAAUUGAUGAGGACGAAAAUGUCGACUGGUUUGACAGAGUCAAGGUUCUGGAUUCGAAUAUUUUGUCAUUGAUCAAUGAAAGUGACAUUGCUGCCCGGCUAUGCGAAACUGACAAAGAGAAAAAAGAGUUUCAACAAAACCUUCUACGACUUCCUCCGUCAUCUCUUGAGCAGAACGAUCAGUAUUGUUUUUCUUGGUUCAAUCAGCUUCAUCUGCGAGAAAUUUAUGUCAGAUCAACCGCUGCAAUCGAAGUUUUGAAGUCCGAUGAAGCUUUCAAAACAUUUUCUUCUAGUGCGUCAUAUUUGCCAAGAUCUUUACUAAAAAGGAAACAAGCGCCGAAAAUGCACCGAAGACGGUUACAAGCCCGAAAUCCAGAAAUGGAAGCAGAAGAAAAAGCAAAAAGAAUUUCAUUUGGAGAAGAUUCAGGAGUCUUGGCCGACGCUAAUAUGCUGAUUAUGAGGAAAGGCUCGAAGUCUAUUGUGUGCCGACGGAGAAGCAACAUUCAAAUAAACUUCGGAACAGAAGUGGAUGAUUUGAACUACAAUAGUCCUAUUUUUGAAGGAGAAAAAUCUUUCACUGACAAGAAUGCGGAAAAUGUUAAAGAACGAUCUUUCCAACGGAAAGAAAGAGAAAAGAAUUACAACACUGGGGGAGCAAUCGACUGUAGAAAACGAAUGCCAGAUGGUGUCAGAAAAAAGAUUCGAAUUAUUCUUAGAAAUAUGAUGGCAGACGGAAGGGAAAUUCAGAAGCAGGACGUUCUUGAAGAUGAAAUUCUCAACAAAGCAUUUCCGGUCACAGAUGAUGAAUUCAGUGACGAUGAAACUGCUCCAAAACCAUUUUUUCGCACCGAAACUUUAGAAACAAUACAGAAAAAGAAAAUGCGAAAAUUAGGAUGGAUUGAUUCAAACAUUGAAUCUAAGCAUGUUCUAUGGUGGAACAACGCUAAGGAUGAGCUACUAACUGCUAGAGCAAUAGCCAAUCAUUGUGUAAAAAUUACCGGAGACAGCAGUGAACCAUUUGCCACGUUUGAAGAAUAUUUAGGAAAAUUUGAGAAUGGCGGAAAGCUUCGAGACAGGAUGUCGGAGUCAAGAAGGGAAACGAAUAGCAGAGUAUUUGACGUUAAGAAAGAGAGUGGUGCUGAUGACGGGAUGCUUCUAACAAUGCCGUCAUCUGACUCAUUUAAAGAAUACAAAAUAAAUAAUAGAAGAAGUUACGAAUCGGUUGGAUUAAACUCACUUUUGCUUCAAAAUAUGAGGAGGAGGUGUAUUGAUGAAUUGUUAAUGCUAAUUAUGAUCAUGAAGGGUCAGCAACAAUUGCAAGAUGGCAACGUUGUCCGGUGCCUUGCAUACUUGAUGCUAAUUGAGUACAAACUUGCCGUUUUUGCUGAAACUACUGGAUUGGAAAUAUCAAAUAACAGAAGUUUCUAUGAGUACCUUAAAAAUCUUUACAAACAUCUACUUGCCAAGUUUCGACUCUACUCAACCGAUGUAUUCGGUGUCAGUUGUUUGAAAAAUACAGAAGAAAUGAUAUUGAACGACGAUCACGACAAGUUCGAUUUGAAUACACAGUGCUUUAAGUUUUGUCAAGAAACCAAUGCCUACUUUUUUUGUAUUUGCAUUCGAGGAAAAUUUAUUCAAUUAAGGUCUGAGGAACUGAUGCAUAAUGUUUCAAAGCUAGAUAGAGAAGAAAUAGAACAACAACAUGAAAUUUUCUUUGGUUUGGAUAAGACGAACAAGAACAAUCAUCUCAGCAGUUUUUGGAGAACCGAGUGCAUGCCAAUUGUAUUGGGACUCGUCCACAUGGCAGGGCACAACCUUGUUGAUCAAAUUGACAGCAUGAACCAAACGGAGUCUUCAGAAAUACUCCAUAGUAUGCCAGGAUUGUCACCUCAAACUAAAACUUGGCUGAAACAAGUUACUCGGUAUGGAGUUUUGAAACAAAAAGCUGACAAAGAAGAGAGACGUGUUGAAAAUCGUGCGAACAUGGUUGUCCCUAUGUUGUUCCAGUUGCCGUCAAAAAUCAGUGGCUUGCACAAUACCGAGUACAUGGCGGAUCAAGAAAACCUUGAACCCAUCUACAAAGCCACCACUGAUUUUGUUUGCGGUAAAUACAAUAUUUGGAAGGAAAUGUGUAAAGCCGACAGUGAAAACUUCCGAAAGACAAACACUGACAACGGGUAUUUGCAAGAAUCUAAUUUGACGUUUGUUGGUGAAGCUAUCGAAAAGGAUGUGUAUAUGGUAGCAGUAUACAGAGGUGAAAAAAUAGCAGAAGACCGUGAUCGAAUCGGAUCCCAAAUGCACUUAUUAUGCCGAAAAAUUCGUUCUCAAGCUGGUUUUGUUUCUGUUAAAAGGCGCAAUUGUAGUAAAGAUCUAACUGUUCAAUAGGGUCAAUUGAUGAUAAAAAUACAUGUUUUAAUUGUUAAAGUCUAGUCAUAUUGAUGGUUCCUCGGAGAUUUAAUAUUCCAAAAUACUUGUUUGUACAAUUGUGUAAAUGCGAUAUCAUUUCCCAAUUUCAAUAUGGGUGUCAUGCUAAAAUGGUUUUUUUUUCAAAGCUUUUCCGACUUUUCUUUAUAAACUUUUUUUCACUUU